AUGUGCUACUACGGCGGCUGCUAUGGGGGCCUGGGCUAUGGCUAUGGCUCUGGUUAUGGCUGUGGAUGUGGCUACUUCCGUGGCCUAGGUUAUGGCUAUGGAGGCUGUGGCUAUGGAGGCCUGGGCUAUGGAGGCUAUGGCUGUGGCUGUGGAGGCUGUGGUUAUGGAGGCCUGGGCUAUGGAGGCUAUGGUUAUGGCUGCUGUCGCCCAUCUUGCUGUGGAAGAUAUUAUUCUUAUGGCUUCUACUGA